CUGUGUCUGAAGGACGAAAUAAAAUAGAAAAGAGGAAGUUAAUUUUCUCUGGAGCCCUAAAAUAAGUAUUAUAGUCUAAAGUUACUGUGAAGAGAAGAACAUAAUCGGGGUAUUUCUAGCGUUUUUUUUAUUUUUAUAGAAUUAUAUAAUUUUGUGGAAGUGCAAAUAAAACUGCAUCAUAUCUGACCGAGGCAGGAAUUGUGUCUCGAUGACAUCACAGUCGGAAGAAAGAAAAGACACACUGACCUUUUCUAUCUCUCUGCGUUUAAUCUUUUUUUUUUUUUUUUUUUGCUCCAGAAGGCAAAAGAGGAGGUCUGGGGGGGAGGAUCUACUGAGAGGGGAAGGUUUAAAGAGGAGAGGGCGAGAGGAGGUGGAGUCAUAACAGAGGAAAGCAGAGCGGAGCGCGUUCAGAGAGGACAGAAGCGGACACAGCUGAGCAGAAAUGGAUUUAAGUUUUCUCCAAGUUCUGGAGAGAGAACGCGUCCUGGAGGUUCUUGACAGAGACAAACAUCUGCGGAAGAUUGAAGAGGAGAGGAUCAGGAAGAUGAAGGGCGAUCUGCAGGACCUGCGCAGGAAGGGCGCAAAGAGCUACGCCCGGCAGUACGGAGAGAGGACCUGCGCCCGGUGCCAGAGGCCUCUGGGGAAGUUCUGGAACACCGGCGCCGUGUGCCGCGGCUGCAGCCACCGCAUCUGCACCCGGUGCCGUGUGGGGGUUGCGGACUGGAAGUGCACCGUGUGUUAUGCUUACAGGGAAGUGAAGAUCAGAUCAGGAGAAUGGUUUCUGGAAGAAAGGGCAAAGAAAUUUUCUGCCACCAAAGACAAAUACGAGACGGUGGGAGAGAAACUACUAAAACUCUACAGUGUGCAGAGACACAUAGCCGUUGUGCCUCCAACUCCUCCGCCUCACAUGGAGCAGGAUUUUCGAGGCAGAUUUAGGGAACUGAAGAAUUCAAAGGCUUUUACACAAUCUAUGGAGGAUCUUAUGCUUUGCUUCAGGAGUCACAUUAGAAAGUUUUCCAAUUCUCAACAUGACGUAAGAGGAGACCUGCUGACGGUUGACCCAAACGAAAAGGGGACGUGUUUUCGCUACAGCACCCAAAAGAGCCUGUCAGACACGGACAUCAGCAAAUCUUGCUCCCUCUCUAAACGCGAAAGUCUCCCAAACUUGUUCAAGAAAAGCAAAGACAGCGACCACGAAGGUUCAUCUACCGGCGCCGAGGAGGAAACCUCAUUUAGCUCGGAGCACUCUUUCAAUCACAGAGGCAGCAUCAGUAGCAUCGGCACCGAGUGUGGCGUCUUUGAGGGCAUCCUUGUAACCGGGGAGAUGGAGCUCGCUGUGGCCUACAACAGCAGCAGCUCCUGUCUGGAAAUCACUGUGGGCGCCUGCAGAAACCUGGCGUACGGAAACAGCAAGAAGAAGAAGAGUCACCCAUACGUGAAGCUCUAUGUGCUGCCGGACAAGAACAGUAAAAUGAAGACAGCGGUGAAGAAAAACACAACCGACCCUGUUUAUAAUGAGGUUUUUAAGUAUAAUAUAGAGCGCCAUCUGCUGUUUGGAAAGAGACUGCAGGCAUCUGUUUGGCACUCAGGGCCACUGAAAAAGAAAGUGUUUGUGGGUGAGGUGCUGCUUCCUCUGGACGGUUGGAGACAAGAGAACAGCACCUUCCAAGGCCUCUACUGGUACCCGCUGUGUCCGAAGACUGAGACUGGAACAGCAGAGCACAAUGGACACUGAACCUCCUACCAUCAUGGGGGAGACAAAGAGGCCAGCGCUUCGCCUGGAGGAGGAUUGGAUGUACUCCGAUAACAGCAAACGUCUGCUUUCAAACGUCUGCAGCAACACUUUACGUUAAACUUAAUCUAUGAAGGAUACAAAUCAAAAUAAUAUGUUAUGGAAAUCUGGUUUUUCCCCUGGAAAAACAUUUAUAAAAGUCAGCGCAUAAAGUCUACUCAUAAAUUAAAUAUAUGGUCUUUCUCUGUUAGCUUGUCUAAAGUUUGCAAAGGCUUUAAAACCAAUUUGGACCAAGCUGGUCAAUUACAGCUGGAGGUGAAACUGAAAGGAUUUCAGACAAAUUUGAAUUAAUCUUUAGACAAUGCAUAUUUAAAAAAACUAAAAGUUCUUCAGUUAGAUAAUCUGCAAAAUAGAGGAUAUUAACUGUAUUUUGUAAAUAUAGUUGGUGCAUUGAUGUUUUUAGGGGGUUUUUUUUCUACUACAGUCAGUAAUUUAUGAUUAAAUCUAUCUAAAAUGUAUAUUUUAAUCUAAAAAUGUUUUGCUCCUUAAGAUUAUUUAUGACAUCUAGAAUAUUCCAACCUUUAAUCAUGAAAAUAGUAAAUUUUGAGUUUGAGUAGCUUUGUUUAUGUACACAAAGUUAUUCACUAUGUUAAUGUCUUCCUUCUGGUCGCUCUGCAAAAGGAAGGAAGACUCUUAACUAUGUGAACUCUCCAUCCAUUUGGCCAACGCAUUUCUGUCGUUACCUUCAAUAUCAACAUGCAUCACAUCUUCAAACAGAGGAACAAAAACAGAGCUGGCACUUUUGCCUAAGAGUAGAUUGCAUGUUAAAUAAAGUAGCCUUUAAAAAAACAGCGAAGGAAAUUUAUUCAUGAAUCACAUUUACAUUAGAACAACUUUUAAAUGAUCAUUAAUUUAGUUUUAAUUCACAAUUCAAGCCAUAAAAAAAAACGAACCCGCUUUAAGUCACCAAACUAUUUAGUGCUUAUAAACGUAGCCGUUUAAAGUAAAGUGUUGCUGCCUUUCAGAUUCAGAUCCCUGGAUAUUCGUUAGUCCUUCUACAUGACGAUUUUAAACUCUGCAUCUCAAACGAGACGAUCUGAAAGCACUGACACGUCUGACAUACGUAACCUGGACGACGGCCGCCGCAUCGCAGCAAGUGGUUUCUUCAGCAGGACCAGUGGGCCCGACUGGCUCUUCAGCAUUUCAUCCUGCACAAUGAUGCCUUUCUUGUUUCGGAGCAUUUGAGAGACUUCCUCUGGUUUCAAGGCUUUGGCACGCUGUUGCUCUGGAAGGAGAGCUGCAGUCGAUGACACAGUAUUUUUCAUGAGUCGCCAUGGCAACUGGAAAACCGCCUGACUUCACUUGACUCUUUUGCAAAGAGACAGAAAACCUGGCAAUACUCAACAUCACUCAGACCAAGUUUUAUUAUUAUUGUAUUAUUUAAACUACUGAGCACUUUAUUCUUUAUGUUUAUUUUGUCACAACUAUCUUUUAUUCGUAAUGCUCUUAAUUUAUGUUGCUAUUUGUUUAUUAUUAUGUAUUUAUUUCUAACGGUAUGACAACCUGUUUACUGAUACACUGCAGUACGACAUAAUCAUACUACUGCUGGGAUAAAAACCAAGUCAUAAAACUUCUCUACCUGUAAAGAAGUUUUGACCGACAU